AUGCAACUCAAUUUAACACCUGCAAAACCAAGACUGCAAUUGUCGAAAGAUGUAGAUGAAGAUGAUGUCGACCCAACUCAAUAUAGAAGACUUAUUGAGUCAUUGAGAUACCUUUGUCAUACAAGGCCUGACUUAGCAUAUAGUGUAGGUAUGGUAAGUAGAUUCAUGCAGAAGCCAAAGGUAUCACAUCUAGCAGCGGUGAAGAGGAUACUAAGGUAUCUCAAAGGAACUCUCGAUUAUGCAAUUUUGUUUCCUGCAGCUGAUAAAGGAAAAGAAUGCAAGUUAGUGGGAUACACUAAUUCGAGUUGGUGUAGUGAUGCUGAAUAUCGAAAAUUAACAGCAGGAUAUGUGUUUAUGUUAUGUGGUGCACCAAUUGUUUGGAGUUCAAGAAAGGAACCAGUAGUGGCAUUAUCAUCAUGCGAAGCAGAAUACAUAGUUGCUUCUCUUUGUGCAUAUCAAGUAACUUGGAUGGUGAACUUGGUUGAAGAGAUAACAGGGAAAGAUCAUGGAGUAAUUACCAUGAAGAUCGACAACAUGUCAGCUAUCAAUCUGGAAAAGAACCCGAUAGCACAUGGUCGAAGCAAGCACAUCAAAAUGAGGUUCCACUAUCUUCGAGAGCAGAUACCAGAUGGGAAGAUGAAUUUGGAACACUGUAGAACUGAGAAUCAGAUUACAGACAUCAUGACGAAGGGAGUGCAGGUCGAAGUAUUCAGGAGACUAAAAACCAUGAUGAAUAUAGAUAGUUUAGACACAAUGAAUUAG